AUGGAUACGGAGCGGAGAAGACGUUUACAGACUGAUGGUAGGCCGUCUCGUGUAGCCGCAGCCUUGGUGUUGGGGAUCAUACUUCUCCCUGUUAUACACGGAGCCUGUUUAAGUUUAACCAGCACUAAAGCAGAACCCUUCAGAACAUAUGCAAAAAUAACAUGGAGUAUAGCUGGUAUAACGCCAGGAUGCUCCGUUUUGAACUGGAUGGUACACUAUGACUCGUCAAAACCAGUUCACAUUUACCAGAACCGAAAUAACACAGGCAGCUAUGUGAAUCAGUCCUUUGUUCGAGUUUACCCUAACUUCGAGUACAACGUGUUUGUGGAAGCAUUCACCAACCAGGGCGUGGUGCGCUCGCCAAUGUUUGUGUACAAGGCCCCGAAAACAAUUCCCGGGAGUGCUCCGGGUAAGUUACAUAUGUUGUCAGCCACGCAUGACAGUGUCACCUUGGAGUGGGACGCGCUCAGCCUUUUCUACAAGAACGGGAACAUCUUAGGUUACAAAUUGACAUACAGAUUGCCGGGAAAUAGCACAGUAAUGUCUACCAGUGUGUCGGGAGAGAACACCCUGACCGGGGUCAUUCGGGGUCUACAGCCCUCAACACACUACCAGAUACAGGUGCAGUGUCUUAAUGACGUUGGUUUGGGCCGUCCGAGCAGUCCCUGGCUUGAUGUCACCACCAGUGCACUACCUACUACAACUUCCACUUCAACAACCAUUACUACUACGACCACAACGACGACCACCAUCACCACUCCCACCACCGUCACCACUCCCACCACCGUCACCACUCCCACGACCACCGCCACCACUUCCUCCACCACCCCCACUACCACCACUGCAUACACUACUACUCCAACAACGACGACAGUUAAAAAGCAAACAAUUACUUCGUUAACGACAUCAACGCCUACCACAACAAAAACAACACCAAAACAGUUGCCAAUCUCUGUUUCUAUCACACCUGCUGCAUCGAACCAGAAAACGUCAACACCAACGACUAAGUCAAACCAACCGUCUCCACCAGUCACAGUACACCUAACAGCUUCCGGUGCAACAUCAGCGCCAAAGUCCACUACCGAUCCGGGUGACGACAAGAUCCUCGGCCUUGACCUAUGGAUGUUAGUGGCCAUCGCUGCCGGCACCUUACUGUUAUUAUUGCUGCUUUCGGUGUUGCUUUGUUGCUGCUGUCGGUGCUGUUGCUUCGAGGAGGCAGCUGUUGGGGCUAAGACGAGGGGCGAGGAAAGAGUCUUUGACAAAAGGAGAAUGGACGGCGUCUUUAUGGAAAAGGAUGCAAGGAGAGACGAUAUGAGCAGGAAAACACGAACAAGGAGCGUGGUAUCUAUGGAAUCUCUGGACGGAUACGGAGUUAAUGAGGUCAAACCCCGGGCGAUGCGACUGGUUAGUGUCGAUAGUCACCAUUCAUUGGACGCAGUCCCGAUACUAAUACCAUCUUCCGCGGGUAGAUACUCUACUAGUCACAACACACCGAUGGCCAAGUCCAUGGGGACUCAGUAUGAACGGAUCCAUACCACUCCUAGGGCUAGGGCUGCAGGAACCCAGUACGAGGACGUUACAGAGCGCGUCAUAUACCCCUCGCCGAAAUCUAAGACGUUUGGUACACAGUAUGAAAGUAUCGCGGAGGAAAUAUCAACUAAAGAUGUUGGAACCGUUACAGACAGACGUGGCUCCUUAACAUCUUGUGUGUCCCCAUUUCCGCCAAACACAUGGUUAGCAAAAACGCCGAGAACGCUCAGAGCAGUUGCACCGAUGUAUAUUAAUCCGGAUUCGCUGAACCCUAUAGUGAUGACGACAAUGAACGCAUCCACUUCCGCUAUGAGUAGUCCAGAGCGGAGGUUUAAAUCGGCAAACGUCCAGACGGAUUUGAGUGUAUUGAAACCACCAACCUCACUUCCGCAAAGUUAUUCUUCUAAAUCAGAAUCUACCGGGUAUCCGUCGUCAUUCAUGUCUAAGAACGAUGAAGCUGAAAUAGAAAUGUUACCUCCGGGUCCCUUAGAUGACACAACUAAAUCGGUAGGUGCCAGUAGUGUUAGCAUUCCGUCAACAGCAAUAGGCGACCGCAAGGUGCCGUUCAGUGAUAUCGCUAGUUGUCCCACGGCUGUUCCUCUCCGGCCGCAAGACAUGCCAAGAACUCGAGAUACUUCUUUUCUACGGUAUCCAUCUAAGGCCGCCAGCCAUCCCAUCACACUCUGGGAUAUUCCCCUGAAGAGUUAUCCAGACAGUAUCACAUAUCCCAGCCAAGAUAGCUCGGGUGAGGUCACUCCUACCCCUAUUAAUCGUAUUGAGUAUAACACGAUAUACGACAACCGUGUCAGCAACACAGAUAAUACCUACAUCCACAACUUUCUCGAGGAUGCCAAGAGAAUGGCGCGCAAACCUAAAGUCUCGCGACCGCCGAGACUUGCGGCGAUACCGGCCAAUGCUGAAUCGCCGGUAGGUUUGUAUGAUCCGUUUCCGGAGGAGGGGGGUGCACAUAACCUGAUAAAACCUGGACUUAGUAAACAAACAACAUUUAAUAACAUCCCAGCAGUGAAAGGUCCAGAGGUGCGAGCGAUUUUAUAUGAACCACAUCGUCUUAAGGAUUCUACUGAUUGUUGA